CUGCAGGCUCAAGCUGACAAGCUUUCUCUACAGAAGCAGGCAUUGGAGAAGGAGUUAGAUACUCUGAAAGAGAAACUGAAAUGGACGGAGGGACAGCUGAAGGACAGCCAGAAGAAAGAAGCACAGACACAAGCCAAACUCACGGAAGCGGUGCGUGAGGCAGAGGGUGUGGCAGUGAGUCUGGAGCAGAGCAGGAAGCGAGAGCGAGCUCUGGAAGAGGAGGGGAGGAGACUUGCGGAUGAGCUAGCCGACACCUUGCGUCUUCUCAAAGAAGUGCAGGAGCAAAAAUUAGCACCUCCUCCACAGCCUGUGCAGUUUUGCCCUGUUGGACAGAGUUUUUCAUCUCAAUCUUCCUCGUCUCAUCAUCCUCGACCUUCAGCCCAAACCAAGAGACCUUCUUCAAACCAAGCUGAGCAGAGGAGGGAGGAAGAAAAGGGUGUAACGGAGAGAAGGACAGAUAUUACAGCAUCUUAUCCUUCUGACAGAGAACCAGGAGAAGGAAUUGACUCUGAACACAUCAGUGUCUUAAUCUCCCCAGACUCCUCAGAGUGUUUACAGAGAACAGUACACAAAGGGAAAAGUAAUGAAGAGGAGAACAAAGCUAUAAAUGAGGAAUGUGACAUCUCUCAUAGGCCCAUCAAUAACUCUGAGAAUGCUGAUGGAGUGAUAAAUCUUGAGCACUCACCUCAGGCACAAAAUUUGAUGCUUCCUGCAGAAAAGACACCUGCUCUCAAGUCUGAGCAGACCAUCCCCUCUGAAGACCUCAAGAAGGAAAACGCCAUGCUCCGUUCAGAGCUCCAGGAUGUACGAGAAGAACUCCAGAAACGACUGGAGGACCUGGAAGCACAACGAAGGGCUGAGACAGAAGCCAGGACCCGCCUCAAACAACUCAGCCGGAAACAUGCCAGCCAGGUUGUGGAGAGGGAGGAAAAAGGCAAGGAGUGGAAGGCACAAUUGGAGACUGAGAGGGCCGAGACAGACAGGCUGAGGAGGACAAUGGCUGCUUUGGAGGCAGAGAUGAAGAGUGCAAAGGAGGGAGGAAGCAAAAAGGAACGAGAGGAGCAGGAGGGAGAGGAAAACAAAUUACAAGAAGAUAGGGAGAGUGAACUAAUGGAGCUUAAUAUCCAACUUAAGAAACAGCUAGGGGAGGUGAAAACCCAGCUGGCUUUAGAACGAGAGGAAAGAAAGAGAGAAGAAGAGGAGAGAAGCCAGAUAAUAAACACAGACAUUGAUAUAAAGGAACAGCUGAGCAUGAAAGUGGCAGAACUUAAAGCUGAACUGGACGAACUGAAGCAAAAAAGGGAAAACUCACAAGAAGAGGAGAAGCACACAGAUGCAAACAGCCCCCUGACGUACUUGACUCUUCGUGAUGACGAGCUCAACUCCAACAUUGUUAGCUGUGACAACAAACUCUUGCUUUCAGAGGAGCACCUCCUUUUCUGUCAGUCCACCAACCAGCACAACAUGCUUGUUUCUCAGGCAGCAGAUGACAUCCAGGAAAAGAGCAAUGUCAUAGACACUGAGCACUCACCUCUGUCAGAUGAUGUUCAGAUAGGCCUAGUGCCCUCAGACCUCCAGAAGGCUGAGCCUGCUGCCUCUGAUUUGGUGAAAGAGAUGGAGCGCCUGAAGAACAAGAACGCAAAGGAGACAGAGCGUGCUAACCAGUGUCAGGUUAAACUGGAGGCCCUACAGAGCCAGGUGACACGUCAGACCCAGCAGCUUACCAUGGCCUUCGAGAAGCAGAGUCAGCACAUCACAGGCCUUCUAGCUGAGCUACAAGAGAAGGAGAGUGCCCUCCUCAGCCAAAGACAGGAACUGCUACAAUGCAAGCAAGAGCUGGAUGCACUAAAGAAAGACAGGAAGUAUGAGGUGAAGAUGAUGGUCAAAGAGGUGGAGGAAGAAGGAGAAAGAGAAGAACAGGGAGAUGAGAAACUGGUGGAGAUCUCAGAGCUCCAGAUGAAACAGGAAAAGGAGAGUAGGGUCACCUGUGAAACUGUAGACUCACUAGCUGAAAGUGACUUGAAAGCACAGAGUGAUGCAAGUCAACCAGAGACACGUGACGAUACUCAAACAGCAACGCCUGUUAGCAGUGAAGAGGCUGAUCAAACACACUGUUCGGGAGAAGAGCAUUCUGAACCUGUAGACUCAAACAAAACUCAGAGUAACCCUGUGAUGGCAGAGAAUCAGUGCGGUCAAAAUCGAGAAAAAGCAGACAUCCUUACAGAACUGCUCACUCUCAGACAGGAGAAUCAGCUGUUAAAACAAAGAAUUGAGGACUUGACCGUCUCUGAUGCACAAAACCCAAUAUUACAGACUGACAGUGAAAACCAAGAAGAACCAAAGCAAAGCCAAAACACAUCAAAAGCUACUCUGUCCUGCUUGGCAGAGGACGUAACACUGAGUCUGCUGAAUGAUGUCAGGACUGAGGGGCUGGAGUCAAAUAUGAAGAAUGAAGAUGAAGGGCAAGAUUUGGAAAAGGAAGAUGGGAGAAUCACAGGAGCUGAAGAAGACCUGGAGGAAGUGUCUCAGGUCCAUGUAACUCACCUACAGCAACAGGUGGAGGCGCUACAGAUGAAGGUACGGUCUCUGUCUGAGGAGACCCAGCAGCAGGCUGAUGAGCUUGCUGUAUGGAGACUGGCCUCCCAACCAGUACCAACAUUUGACGAAUGUGAAACCCACGAACAGACGUCUGCUGUCAGACAGUCCCACUCAAACCAGCAGCAGACAGAUGAGAUGACCCAGAGCCUGGCUCAAACUGUUCCUGAUCGGGUUCAGGCACCCACACUGGAUAGUCAGAAGUGCCAGGAUAAUAUCACAGUGAUCAGGGAAGAUGAAUUAUUCCUUUCCUGCUCUUCCAACAAACUUCAGGGCCGCAUGUUGUUCUCCAGACUUCAGAACAGCAGCCUUACUGAACCAAAUAUCCUCCAUCCAUUUAAACUGACUGCAGUGCCUCAGGAAUACAAUCAGGACUCUGCCAAGACUGACCAGGAAUCUGAAAAAGAAAACCAGAUCAACUUCUCACAAUGGUCAGAUAAUUGUCCAACAGUGAGAAGAGACACCGAACCCAUCCAAAUGUCAUCAGGGAAAAUGGCUCAGCAACACGUAGCCAAAGUCUUGGAGCUAAAUCCGACCAAAACAGAAGCCAAUCCAAAUAUAACCACUAAUUCCUCAGAUAGAGAUGUCAAGAUAGAAAUGAAAAAUGUCAGCAGUCAAACAGAGGAGAGUUUGUAUUCUCGUGGUGUUUCAACAGUAUGUGUUAACACUCAGACUGAGAUGGAGGAAGAAGAAGGGUCAGUGGAUUCCCCUCCACUCUCUCCUGUCCAAUUAUCUGAAGGGGCGGCAUCAGGAGACAAAAUAUUGUUUUCUGGUUCUUUCCCCAUCCCGGCUGACCCAGCCCGGCUGGCUGAAAGAAUCCGCCGUAACAGGACGCAGUUGUCAGCCGCCUUUGAUGAUACAGAAUACGAACCCUAUGGCCUGCCGGAAGUCGUCAUGAAAGGUUUUGCUGACAUUCCCAGUGGUCCCGCAUGUCCUUACAUUGUGAGAAGAGGUUUGUUGGGUACAGCUGUGUUACCUGUCUCCCAGAAGGAUGCAGGAAAGGAGGAGGAGAUGGAUUAAAACACAGCAAAAGGUUUUUUUGCAGAUCUAGUGGAAAGCCCUGAUCACCAUGGCUUCACUAUGAACCUGAAUGAUAGAUGACAGCAGCUGCACAGAAACUCAAAGCAAUUAAGACCUUGAAAUAAACACAGGAGCAGUUUAAAAAGCUGCAAUCAGAUGCGGACCUCUGUACGUGUGGGUGCAGGUAACUGGGCCUGCACUGACAAAAUAAACACCUCCACUGUGGAUCCAAAAAUGUUUUAAUGGCCACUAGUUUAUCCACAAAUUACUAUAUGGAGACUUUGUUGUCCAUCACAAUGCUGUCACUUUACACCCACCUGUAUAUUUGGCUACAGAGGUGGUGGUUUAGUGUGAUGCUUGUUGAUGUUUCUUGAACCACUUUUCCAAAGGGACUGUUUAGCUUUUUGAAACUCAGAAUUAAGUUAUGGGCCUAGCCUGGACUUACUUUGCAUGGAACAGUGCCUAGCUGGUGUUUUUCUAAACAAGCACUUGUCAAGAUAAGUUUGACUUGUUUUCCAAAAGGGUGAAGCAAAGAGAGGCCUGUUAUGGGAAAUAUGUUUUCAUCUUUAAACCUCACCUUUAAACCAUUUCAGGUGGCUUAUUUAUGAACACUUGAAUGUGUUUUCAUAGAGGGGAGGUGUUAAAGAAAAAUGUGUGAAAACAUAGUGAGUGUGUGUGAAUCAUUAGCUGUGAAUUUGCACAUUUGUGUCCCCAUCUUGGUGUGUGUGUGUGUGUGUGUGUGUGUGUGUGUGUGUGUGUGUGUG